UCUCCAUCCGUCCUCGCCGGCAGACGGAGCAGACCUCCGGGAAGGCAGCGUGGAUUCUCCUCCUCCUCCUCGCCGCCGUGUGAUGGAGACUGAGGCUCCACAGUCACUGGAACUUCUGUCUCGUCUGUGAACUGGAGGAAGAUAAACCGCGCGCGUCUGUUUCUGGGUUUUUUCCUCUUUUUCUGGUUCUUUUUCUCUUCAUUCUUGUCUUGUCGGGGGAGAGCGACCGGGGAUCAGGGCUCUGUUUUUGGGGAGAGGAGAGGCUGUUUCACCCCUCUCUCCUCCUCCUCCUCCUCCUGACUCACCGGCCCGUUGGCUAAUUGACAGUUGGAUCUUCUUCUUUCUUCCUUUUCUAAUUAAACCCAGACAGCACAGAGGGUUUGCGGCGGCUGUGUGCGCGUCCCUGUGGGGGUUUCUCUCGGGCGCACCGGAGCAGGGGGGCAGGGGGGCAGGGGGGCAGCAUGGAGCUGGUGUCGCUUGGAUGUAGGAUCGCUGGAGGCUGGGAGGAGGUCCUGGUGCUGAGGAGGAGGAGGAGGAGGAGGAGGACCGGAGGACUCCACCUGCUGCUGCCGGUGAUGCUCUGCUGGCUGCUGGCGGCGCACAGCGCUGCGCACGCCUCGGACGCCUCCACAUCUUCCUCCUCGUCGUCGUCUGGUCUCGGAGGGUUCGUGGACUUCACCUUCACGCAGGAGCCUCAGGACACGGUGACGGUGCGAGGCGGCGUGCUGCAGCUCGACUGCCAGGCUCAGUGCGACGUGGCGACGGGACCUGUCGCCAUCACGUGGCGCAAGGACGGCGUGCUGCUGAGCGCCGUGGUGGACGACCGGCGGCGGCAGCUGACCAACGGCUCGCUGCUGGUGCAGAACGUGGUGCACUCGCGGCACCACCGGCCCGACGAGGGGGAGUACCAGUGCCUCGCCACAGUGGACGGGCUGGGCAGCAUCGUGAGUCGGACCGCCAAGGUCACAGUGGCCGGUCCACUGAAGGUGGUCGUCCCCACCGAGUCCGUGUCCUCGUACCUGGGCGACACGGCCCUGCUGCGCUGCGAGGUGUCCGGCGACCCGACGCCCGUCAUCCGCUGGCAGAAGAACCGGGAGGACCUGCCCACCAACUUGGACCCGGACUCCCGCCUGGCGGCGCUGCCGUCCGGCUCGCUGCAGGUCAGCCGCGUCCAGCCGCCGGACUCCGCCACGUACCGCUGCCUGGCCGACAACCCCGGCAGCACCAGGACGGGGACGGACGGCGAGCUCCGCGUGCUCCCAGAACCCGGCGUGAGCAGGAACCUCCAGUUCCUCCAGCGUCCGUCCCGAGUGGCGGCUCUGCUGGGAACCGACGCCGUGCUGGAGUGUUCCGCCUCCGGUUACCCGACUCCCAGCGUCCAGUGGACGAGAGGCGACGAGCAGAUCCAGAGCUGGAACAAGAAGUACUCCCUGCUGGCGGGCAGUAACCUGAUCAUCCGCAGCGUCACCGACGACGACUCCGGCGUCUACAGCUGCGCGGCCGCCAACAAGAACCAGAACAUCACGGCCCAGGCGGAGCUCAGUGUGCUGGUUCCUCCUCAGUUCCUCAACUACCCGACCAACACGUUGGCCUACGAGUCGACCGACAUCGAGCUGGAGUGCGCCGUGACGGGGAACCCGCCGCCGACCGUCCGCUGGACCAAGAACGGAGAGGAAGUCAUUCCCAGCGACUACUUCCAGAUCGUGGACGGCAGCAACCUGCAGAUCCUGGGUCUGGUGAAGUCAGACGAAGGAUUCUAUCAGUGCGUCGCUGAGAACUCAGCCGGCAGCUCGCAGGCGAUGGCUCAGCUGCUGCUCCGAGAGCCAGUGUCCCCCAGCCCAGGCGUUGUCCUCCCCUCUGCCCCCCGCGACCUGGUCCCUGUCCUAGUGUCCAGUCGAUUUGUCCGACUCAGCUGGCGCCCCCCGGAGGAGAGCGGAGGAGCUGUGCAGACCUACGGCGUUUAUUACUCCCAGGACGCAGUCGAGAGGGAGCGGUCAGUGAACGUGUCGGAGCCCGAGUCGUUGGAGUUGACGGUGUCCAACCUGAAGCCCGAGGAGAGCUACAGCUUCAGGGUCGUCGCCUACAACGACGUGGGCCCCGGCGAGAGCUCCGCCCCCCUGAGGAUCACCACCAAGCCCGACCUCCAGGUUCCCAGCAGGGUGGAGUCCCUCCGAGCCGACGCUCUGUCCCCCACCUCGGUCCAGGUGAGCUGGGAGCCUCCGGUCCAACCCAACGGCCCCCUGCUGGGCUACAGGCUGCUGUGGAGCGAGAGCCCGACCGGCAAGGAGCAGAGUGUGGAAGUGAACGGCCUGAACUACAAAAUGGAGGGGCUCAACAAGUUCACGGAGUACACGGUGCGGGUUCUGGCCAUCAACCGCUACGGACCGGGCACGGCCACCGAGCCGGUCGGCGUCACCACCCAAUCAGACGUUCCCAGUGCGGCUCCUCAGAACAUCACCUUGGAGGUCGUCCUGUCCCGGAGCAUCAAGGUUUCGUGGCAGCCGCCUCUGCGCAGCGGCCAGAACGGCGUCAUCACCGCCUACAAGAUCAAGUACAGGAAGACAGGUCGCCGUGGAGACCAGGAGGCCAUCGAGCCCAACAACUUCUGGUACCUGUUCACAGGUCUGGAGAAAGGCAGUCAGUACAGUUUCCAGGUAGCAGCCAUGACGGCCAAUGGAACAGGUCCAGCCAGCGACUGGUUCACCGCUGAGACGCCGGAGAACGACCUGGACGAGAGUCAGGUUCCCGACCAGCCCAGCUCUCUGCACGUCAGGCCGCUGCCCAACAGCAUCAUCAUGUCCUGGACUCCGCCCCUCAGCCCCAGCAUCCUGGUCCGCGGCUACAUCAUCGGCUACGGGGUGGGGAGCCCCUACGCCGAGACGGUCCGGGUGGACAGCAAGCAGAGAUACUACUCCAUUGAAAACCUGGAACCUAGUUCGCACUACGUGAUUUCCCUGAAGGCGUUCAACAACGCCGGAGAGGGCGUUCCCCUGUACGAGAGCGCCGUCACUCGAUCCCUGACAGACCCCAUAGACCCAUCCGAGGACGACCUUUUCCACCUCUUUGAUAAAUACCCCACUCCCAUGCCAGACACCAGCACUCCCAUGAUCCCCCCGGUGGGGGUCCAGGCCGUGGCCCUGUCCUCGGACUCGGUUCGCGUCUCCUGGGCCGACAACUCCAUGACCAAGAACCAGAAGUCGUCUGAGGUGCGGUACUACUCCGUCAAGUGGAAGACCAGCUACUCCACCAGCGGGAAGUACAAGUCCGCAGACACCACGGCUCUCAGCCACACCGUCACCGGCCUAAAGCCCAACACCAUGUACGAGUUUGCCGUCAUGGUGACCAAAGGCCGCAAGUCCAGCACGUGGAGCAUGACGGCACACGCCACGACGUACGAAGCAGCUCCUAGCUCCGCCCCCAAAGACCUGACGGUGAUCAGUCGCGAGGGACGACCCCGCGCCAUUUUAAUCAGCUGGCAGCCGCCGAUGGAGGCCAACGGACGAAUCACAGGCUACAUCCUGUACUACACGCUGGAUAAGAACAUGCCCAUAGACGACUGGGUGAUGGAGGCGAUCAGCGGCGACCGGCUGACGCACCAGGUCGUGGAUCUGAACCUGGACACGGUUUAUUACUUCAGGAUUCAGGCCAAGAACGCCAAGGGGGUCGGGCCGCUGUCCGAGCCCGUCCACUUCAGGACCGCCAAAGUGGAACAUCCGGACAAGAUGGCUAAUGAUCAAGGUCGAGGGGGAGAACACACCUACUGGCCGUCUGACAACAACCUGAUCGACAAGAGCAGCAUCAACGAGUCUCCCAUCGGUCAGAUGCGUCCGCCCCACGGCAGCGCCACGCCGCAGAAGAACAGCAACCUGCUGGUCAUCAUCGUGGUCUCGGUGGGAGCCGUCACGGUGGUCGUGGUCGUCAUCGUGGCGCUCAUCUGCACCCGCCGCUCCUCGGCCCAGCAGAGGAAGAAGCGAGCGAGCCACGGCGCCAGCAAGAGGAAGGGCAGCCAGAAGGACCUGCGGCCCCCCGACCUGUGGAUCCACCACGAGGAGAUGGAGAUGAAGAACAUGGAGAAGGCGCCGAGCGUCGCCCCGUCCGGACGCAACUCGCCCACGCAGUCGUGCCAGGACCUGCCGCAGGUCGCUCACAGCCAAUCGGGGAGCCAGAUCGGCAGCAAGAGCAGCCACUCAGUGGACGGCGACGAGGCGUCCAGCAGCAUCUCCACUCUGGAGCGCUCCCUGGCUGCCAGGAGGGGAACGCGAGGCAAAAUGAUGAUUCCUAUGGACUCGCAGCCGAGCAACACACCGGUGGUCAGUGCCAUCCCGGUGCCGGCUCUGGACUCCUCUCAGUAUCCCGGGAUUCUGCCGUCGCCCUCCUGCAGCUUCACGCACAACAAGUUCAGCCUGAGACCGAUGCCGUUCCCCAGCCUGACGGUGGACAGAGGAUACACUCCAGCGAUGUCAUCGGACGCCUCCGUCAACCCUCUCCUCCAGCAGCAGCCUCCGCCACAGCAGGCCCCGCCCCUCCUCCCCGGCUCCUCCGCCUCGCUCGUGGAGCACGGCCCGGGGGUCGGCCCGGUCCCGGGCGCUCCCGCAGCUGUGGUCGCCUCCGCCGAGGAGGCCCAGGCGGCGAGCGGUCGCACCAUCCCCACGGCCUGCGUGCGGCCCAGCCACCCGCUGCGGAGCUUCACCAACCCGCUGCUGCCUCCGCCCAUGGGCACCAUCGACCCCAAGGUCUACACCUCCAUGAUGCCGCAGUCCAGUGCGAGCCUCCCGAAGCCCCAGGUGAAGACGGCGUCUCUGGGUCAGGCCGGCAAGGCUCGCUCCCCCCUGCUGCCCGUCUCCGUCCCCACGGCGCCCGACCUACCGGAGGAGGGAGGAACAAAGUCCGCCGAGGACUCGGCCGCCAACGUGUACGAGCAGGACGACCUGUCGGAGCAGAUGGCCAGUCUAGAAGGACUGAUGAAGCAGCUCAACGCCAUCACCGGCUCCGCCUUCUAACCUCUGACCCCCGCCCGGCCCGGCCCUCGGUCGCCCGCUGUCCGUUCGCUAAAGGUGCAGCGGCGAUAAUGUCCACGUGGGUCUGAAGACGCUUCUGUGGAACCUCCGUCUCUCCUGCUGCGUCCAGGUUGUCCGGUUUCUGCUGGAUCUUCUCGGCUGUUUGGGUUUCGGGGGAUUUGGACAGACGGGAAAUCAAAACACUCAGAGCAGCACAGCAUCACCUCCACGGACAGGACGAGGGUCGAGGGGCUUCUGGAGGAGUUCACACUGAAACCCCCUCGAGACCCUUCAACCUCAAAACUAGAACAACCCAAUGCCUAGCGCCUCCACGUUAAACGAACCCUCCUGUUUCUCUUCUUCCUGUGACCGUACCUCACGCCAUUUUCAUUCACAUCGAACGUGUUCAUUUUUUUUUACUGCACAUUUUUCUUUGGCUUUUGUUUUUUGCCACUUAUAGGAUGUGUAUAUGUUUGUUUGUUAUUAAGACACCAGGACCUACAGUAAGAAAUAGAAAACACAUCCUCAGCCACCAAAGUUUCUCCAAACCUUUUUUUAACACUCACCUGGAUCCGAGGACGUCGGCCGCGGUCACCUGAGUUGAUCCUCUCCGGUGUCUCUUGGCUACUUUUUAAAAUUUGUUCCGGACAGUGUGAUUUCACUGAACCAGCCAUCACCCAUAAGCCCCUGCUGCCCAUCCACAUCUGGAUCCUGGAGGAGAAAUACAAAUGUGACACAUUUGGUCUGACUCACCUGGAUCUGAAUCACCUGGAUCUGACUCACCUGGAUCUGAAUCACCUGGAUCUGAUUCACCUGGACCUGAAUCACCUGGAUCUGACUCACCUGGAUCUGACUCACCUGGAUCUGACUCACCUGGACCUGAAUCACAGGACUGUAUAGAAACGUCUAUAGACUCCCACAUUCUUGCUGCUCUCGACCAAGCCUUUACUUCCCCCCUGACCCCGACACAAACUCCAAUCUUUACCUACGAGGACUCGUGUUGUUGCCAAAUUCUCUACUUGGGAAGCUAAUUGUGACUUUCUUUUGUUUUUGCUUCCUUGUCUCAGUCCCAAACAGGAACAGGAAGUAGUGUGGAACAAAUGUGGAACGAUAUCUGGAUUUGGAUCGGUUGAUCUUCGUCUCUUCGUGGCCAAAUGAAGGUUGGCUUCAGAUAGUACUCUGUGAUUGGUCCUUGGCCUCGUUGCACUGUGCGUACGUCACAUUCAGUGCAUGGUCGCCCCCUGCUGGCUGGAGUAGGAAGGCGCGUUCAACAAAGCAAGGUUGUUCAUAAAAAAUGAUCCUGACCAUCGGAAAAAAAAGAGAUUACCUUGCGAAAGAGAUAAAGAAGUCGUCAUCACAAGACAGUGUUCUUCUUAUCUUAACUAAAAUCAUGAUAAAAAUGGAAUAAACAUACACGUUACAUAAAAAAGCAAAUCUGGAUCCUCUUGAGACAAAAUAGGACAAACGUCCUCGUCCUGCGUCAGAUUGAAUCUGGCAUCACUGUGAUGGAAUCGUCAAUUUUUUAAGCAUCAGGAUCAUAACGAUGAGUUAUUAUUAUGUUUGUAAUAUUGAUUAUUAUUGUUGAGAUUAGCAGCGGUGGUGGUACAGACAGUGAUGAUGAUGAUGAUGAUGUUACUGUUAAUGUGUUUGACUGAAGGUGAGCGUGCGGCGUCUGAUGAAUCCAUAUUUAUUUUUCAUGAGAUAAACACACGUGUACCUCUGUCGUCACCGAUCGCCCACAUGGGACAAUUGCAAAACCCGCCAGCUUCGCUUUGAGUUCAUUCAGGUGGUUCCAUUUUUAUACGAAAAUAAUAAUAAGAAAGAAAAAACAAUAACACAAAUGAUGCAUAUUCCACAAAGUAUAUUUUUACAUUUGCUGUCAGGUCUGAUCUUUUCCUUUUGUUUUUCAACUUCCUGCAGAGAACUAUUUUAGAUGUCAUGGUCUGAAAAUGGAAAAAAACCUCCUGCCGUUAAAAACAGUUGGAGUGAAUUUAAGAUUGAACCAAUAUCAACAGUUACGGAGGCACAUUACUGCCACUGAAGAACAUAAAACGGAUCAGUAUCACGUUAUAACAUGAGACAUCCCCGUUUCACGCUAUUUCGUGAAAACUUUAAAAUUAUUAAGUGAAAUUUUUUCACGUUAUUUCGUGACAGUGAUUACGAGAUAUUGUGAAAAGUUUUCACAGAAUAACAAAGUGUUUCCUGCCGUGGCAGCAGUGCACUGCCGUGAUGUGUUCUACAUUUUAUUAUUAUUAUCAGUAGUCGUGGAAAAGGGUUUUCUUUUGUUUCCUCGGAAACAUCAGGUCAGCGGGAAAGAAAAGUCCGAUGUUGAGAAUCGGUGUGUUUAAAUUGGUUGCUAAGGGAGGUCUCUCUCUUUCCUUUUCUUUCUCAUGUCUUUGUGAAAGCUUGUCUUGCUCCUCGAGAGAAAAUUAAUUUUUUUAAACACUGCAGCACCCUGUGAAAAAAGACAAUUCCAGUGAUUCGUCAAAUGGGUGAAGGUCUUUGUCUCAUUCUGCUGCAGCGAUCCAAAACCUUGUGUUCACAACAGUUCCGAAUCAACGGGAACGAGCGGAAUUCCCUUCCUCGAUUUAAGGAGAAAAUGUGAGUAUGUGAGCAAACGAUUGGUGGAGAUGGACGUGUCGGAGCGAGGAGGAAGGCGGCGACGUACAACGACACAUGAUUCAUCAGUCAGCUGACAGAACUGCGAGGCGUCGUCCAGCGUGAUUCACAGACCUUUAUCUUCCUGUGAUGAAAGAAGAGGAGCCGGCGGGGGCGAGUGGCGUGCGCGUGAAUCUUGGGAGGUGCUUCGUACGUCGCGAGGGAUGAGGCCGCGAAUUCAUUAUAACGCCGUUUUCAAAUAUUAUGAUUCAAGCUCACGCUCGCCGGGCUGCGGAAAGUCCCGGGGCCCGAGUGGAUGGAAAGGUGACGGGGGGGUGAGAGAUGAAACUCAUCAGCGUCGCCUCCGUCAGAAUACAGAGCAGAUGGAGCAUCUGCCCGACGGAAGUGAGGUUUUUAAAGAAAAGACAAUGAGAUGGUUUUAACGGCGAAGACUAAAUGGAACGCUCUGUCCAUACCAGAGAUUUCUCCUCGUCAGCGUCACGACGGGACGGAGAGAUGAAAGCUGAGUUAAAUGAUCACACCGAGGGUUUGGCACAUUUGAGCCCGUUAAAUAUGAAUUACAUUAAAUUAGCAGAACUGCCAAUCAUGUUGUGAACCGUCCGUCACUUCUCCAGAUUGAAAUCACUGCAGCGGCUUCACACCUGGUUCCAGAGCCACAGGAAGUCUGAGCGUCUGAGACGUGACGACGCGUCGCUGCCGGCCGGUCGUCACGUCUCAGACGGGAUGAAGAGACGAAGCAUCACGUCAACACUGGGCCCGCUUUGUUUUAGGCGAUAGAUUCGAGACUAUUCCAGGAAAAAAAGGUUGAAACUCUCGCACUGGAAACAUUUCACAGGAAAAAUCUGAGAUUAAUAAAGUCGAUUUCCUUUGGAAGCAGAACACGUGUUGGCAGGAAUUAUCGCUUCUUAGUGAAAAUAAUUCUUAAGAAUCCGAUUCUUUUGUUUUUUGAAAAGGUCGUUGCUGCUGACAACAUAAUGUUUUAUCACUUGAUCUUGAUUUGAAUUCAAAUUCGAACUCAAACAACCAACAUGAGACGAGCGUUUUGGACGUUGCAUCUGUGUCACCGAUCGGACGGUUACCACGGCGACUACGUUACAUCUCCAAGAAUAAAGAAAGACGUCGACUAAUGCUGCGUUCCAAUUGGGUACGCCUUGCGUUACUCACGCGAGCGUCGGCCGCUGUGACAUUUCUUGCGCAACACAAAUGUUUCAACUUGACGUGACUCACGUCUUCUCUUUAUUGGCCCAGUGUAAGUUACGUGAAAAUUCACUACUAGCAUGAGGUUGGCCGCCGGAUCAUUUAUGAGUCGACACAACCCGAGAACAUCCGCCCGAUCUCGGAGGAUCUCAUCGCUGAGCGGCUUCACGGAAGUAUUUGAACUCGUCAGUUGAAGUAUUUGAACUCGUCAGUUGAAGUAUUUGAACUCGUCAGUUGAAGUAUUUGAACUCGUCAGUUGAAGUAUUUGAACUCGUCAGUUGAAGUAUUUGAACUCGUCAGUUGAAGUAUUUGAACUCGUCAGUUUGUCAAGUAUGAAUCCGAAAAAACAUUUUACGAAGGAAACUCUUGGAUUUUUUGUGGGAUUUUUUUGUCUUUUCACACUGAAUCCUGAACCAAACUUCUCAACUCCGUCUCGACGCGACGCUUCCUGUUCAGCCCGGUGUCGUCGGGGGGGCGGGGCGUUCACUGUCGGCUCGGCAUUUUAUCGUACGUGUUUGACUGUGGAGAACAUCGUCGCUGCAGCAGAACUACAUUACAGAAAACUGCUUUUUUUUUAACUAUGUACAGUUACGACUAGAGUAGUAGCAACUUUUUUAUAAUCAAAUUUAAUAUAUUAUUAUCAUUAUUAUUAUUAUGAUGACUUUACUUCGAGUGCUCUUUGAAACUAUUAUUUAUAACCAUGUGAUAUUUCUUCAGAUGUAAAUUUAGUUUAGCUAAGAACGGAAUGAAAAGAGGACUGAAGCGCCAGAGGUUUUUCUUUUUCUUUUUCUCAGUUAAUUGCCUUAAAAGGUUUCAGUAUUUUUUUAAUAAUGUCGUAGAAAAAUUAUUUAUAUUUCUUAAUGGAAUAUUAAAGGUCACAUGUGAACGGUUCGCCACCGUAUCGGGUCUUUUCUGAGGAGGACGCACAGCCGGCGCCACCUACUGGUCACGUGUGGACUCGAAUCUGUAGAUCGAUCUCAUCUAUGCAGUUUUGUUUUGUUUGUUUGUUUGUUUUUUACGACUGUACCUGUACACGAUGACGGACAUUAUUUGGGCGAAAGAGGGCGGAGUCUGUGUGGAGCUGAGCUCAUGUUAGAAGGAUCUUGGUUCAGAGGGAAACUUCUAGUUUACUGUAUUGUCAAACGUAAAGCUGAUGUGGUGCCUUCAGGGACGCUCCGAGAAAUCUGACAUGAAAAAAACGAGUAAUGGUUACAGAUCAAACUUAUUGUUUCUUAUCUUCAGAUCAUUACAUUACAUUUGUCAUCAUUUCAAAUUGGUCAACGUCCAAAUUGGUGUUUUCCAAGACAUGUUUAUUUCAUUUUUUUGUUUAUUUGUUGACAAGGGGCAGAUGACGAGCGCUCGGCCCUCUGAGCGUCCCUGAAUGCAACCAUUCAGUCAGAGGACUGUUUUGAAAAGUGUGGUAAAUACAGUUUGUAGUCAACGGACUUAAACCUGCUGUAGAGACUCUCUGGUUGCCGUGGCGACUGUGGGAAAAACCCGAUAACGGUGGAAACGGCUGCCGCGUUUCAAAAGAGGAAACUCGACUUCAUUAGGUUUCUUUCUUCGGGCGCUUCGCUCGCGUGUGUGUGGGGAAACGGUGAUGAUCAGAAAGAAGAGACGAAUUACACGGUCAGACAAAAAACAGAGUUGGUCGGAGACGAACUGACUUUGAACGUGUCCUGGCGUCGGCGUGAAAUCGACUGUCAGCUGCAGCGCAGACGGUUCGGGGCCGUGAAUAGAAGAAGAAAAAGAAAUGAUUAGGUCGUCUCACCGGGUGAAAAGGGGCCGAAUUAAAAACGUCUGUAAUCUGGUCUCACGCGGACAAAGACUCUUCAUCUUCAGAACAUUGUUCGUGUGAGACGCCGACAGACGGACGGACACUUUGAGUUCAUCCAACAAAAGAAAAAAGACAAAGUCCCAAAUCCCAGUGAUUAAAACCAAAUUAGCGAAGUGACUGCAAUAUUUUAGAGUGUACAUUUUGUUCAUGUGAGUGAAGGGGAAGAGACGAUGAUGAUGAAGAUUAAGAUGAUGAUGAUGAUGAAGAUGAUGAUGAUGAUGAUGAUGAAGAUUAAGAUGAUGAUGAUGAUGAUGAUGAUGAUGAUGAUGAUGAUGAAGAUGAAGAUGAUGAUGAUGGUGAUGGUGAUGAUGAUGAAGUUUCUAUCCACUACGUUGUAUACAACAGCUGGUUUUGUACUGUAGAACAGUCCCAUGGUCCUUUUUAUAGAACUGUUAUUUCAACUGUGCAUCUUUUUGUUUGAUAAAUAAAGUUUUGAUACAAAAGCAAA